AAUAGCAAUUAUUGUAUGAAAUUGACAAAUUAUGGUGCUAAGAAAUUUCUACAUUUAAAAGUGCUUGGGAGACACUGGGCUUUUUAUCUAUUGCUAUUGGAUUAUUUCUAACGUAACCAUCAUAAUAAUGUGCUAAAUUCAAAUAUUUAAUCCAUAAAAGAUAAUUAUUUUAAUAGUUAUACAAUAUUAAGAGAAAUAUUGCUUUUUACUAUCAAGCUAAAUAGUAGAUAGUAAAAUUAUGGUUAAAACCGCUCUUUGGAUGACAUCAAAUUAUCGACUGUACAAAAAAUGUAUAGCAGAAAAGAUUGCUUGCACCAUUCAUAAAAAUUCACCUGAUGUUAUAAAUGAUCUUAUGGCAAACCUUAAAGUAGGCAAAGGGAAUUCUAUGGAUAAUAUAGGUUUCCAUAUUCCUCUUAGUAUUCUUCAAAAACAUUCAAGUAAUACUAAACACUCACUAUUAACUAAUAUAAUAUCAAGUCGAGAUAUGACAACUUCAGAAAUGAACCCACAAAUAGUACUUAUACAUUUAAAUAAAUCCAAUUUUAUAAAUGACAUGCUUAAAGAUGAUGAAAUUCAAAUUCCGCAACCUUGCAUGCAGAAUUUUAAACCUCGUAUAAUUGAAUUCAGCUCUCCAAACAUUGCUAAACCAUUUCAUGUUGGUCAUUUACGUUCAACUAUAAUUGGAAACUUUAUUUCUAACCUAACAGAUUUCAUUGAUGGGCAUGUUGUUCGUAUUAAUUAUUUGGGUGACUGGGGACCUCAGUUUGGUUAUACGCUACUUGGAUUAGAUGAAAUGAAACUAGAUGGCUCUAAAAAGUUUACUAUAGAGUCUUUACACAAAGCAUAUAUUUUAGCCAAUCAAAUGGCUAUUCAGGAUCCUAGUAUUCAUGAAAAAGCUAAAUCUUUAUUUAAUGAUUUAGAAUGUGGAAAAUCUACAUCUAAUAUCAAUCACUUAUGGAAUGAAUUUAGAUCAAUUACAAUUAAAGAAUUAGAAACCAUUUAUAAACGACUUGGAAUAGAAUUUGAUGAAUAUGAUUGGGAAUCAGAAUAUUCUAUUGAAAAAAUUCAAAAUGUACUAAAAAAACUUCAUAAAAUUGGUUUAUUAGAAUUUAAAUCAGAUGGAUCAACUGUUAUUAAUUCAAAUAAUCAAGAAAUUACAAUUUUGAAAAAUGAUAACUCAACAUUAUACUUAACAAGAGAUAUAGCUGCAGCACUUAGACGACACAAAUAUUAUGGUUCUGAAGAACUAUAUUAUGUAGUUGAUAGUACUCAAAGCAAACAUUUUUACUUAUUAAAAUCAUUAAUUACAAAAAUUAAUUCUAAGUUAAAUGUGCAUCAUGUACCAUUUGGAAGAAUACAUGGUAUGAGUUCAAGAAAAGGCGAAGGAGUAUUAUUAGAUCAACUUUUAAACAAAGCAAAAUCUAUUAUGAACUUAAAAAGAAAAUAUUCUCCAACUACCAAAGAUAAUGCAUUGGAUAAUAAUGAAAUAGCAGAUGUAUUAGGAAUAUCUGCAAUUAUUAUUAAUGAUUUAAAACAAAGACGCAAAAAGGAUUAUAAUUUUUCUUGGGAGUCAGCAUUACAAGUUAAUGGAGAUACUGGCAUAAAACUGCAAUAUACACAUUGUCGUUUAGUGAGUUUAGAGGAAAUUAAUUCCAGUAUAACCUUACCAAAUGAAGUUAAUGCAGAUUACUUAACAGAAACUGUUGCAGUUGAUUUAAUUUUGGAAAUGUGUCGAUUUGAAGAUAUAUUAACUGAAACUAGUCAAGAGUUAGAAGCAUGUAUUCUAGUUAAUUAUUUAUUUAGAUUAUGUAAUUGUAUUAAUAAGGCAAUAAAAGUUCUAAAUGUUAAAAAUUCCAGCUAUGUGGUAGCUCAGCAAAGGAUUUUGUUGUUUCACAGAGCUAGAAAUAUAUUAAGUUCAGGAAUGAAAAUUUUAGGGUUAGCACCAUUAAAAUGUAUGUGAUUUUAUUUAAUAACUAUUUAAUAAUAAUAAAAAAAAAUUAAACUCAUAUGAGCUUUUACUAAUAAUCAUCAUACCCAUAAUCACAAAUGUAACCAUAGUGGUUCAAUCCCACACGAAUCAGUUUUUACAAAUAAAUUAUAGUUAGUAUGACAUUUUUCUUUAAUCA